UCUUGAGCGUUCUUCUUUGUCGCCGCAUCGUCCUCAUCCUUCUUCCUUCUUCAACUCUUUUAUCAUCAUCGAUUUACUGGAUCAUCAUCAUUUCUUCUUCUGUUUUAUUUCCAUCCAUCAACUCAUCGGCCCGUGAACCGCCAUCAUGGUUCUGGGAAGUGUCCUCCUCCGUCGGGGCUCCGACUUCGUCGCCGAGAUGAAGGACAAGGACCAGCAGCCUGAUAUCAAAAUCGCCGGAUGGCUGGCUGCCCUGGUUGUUCUGAGCGUGAUUAUGUUCUUUGUGUUCGCUGGUGCAAUUGAAUACACGUACGGAUGGGUCGUCCCCACCCUGGCCGCUGUCGAGCAGACCGACCCUGAUCUAUACGUCCGCAUCGACACCGACCCCAACGCCAACAAAUCGGCCGACCCCAACGCCCCGGAGCCGGAGGACAUUGUUCGUCCCGCUCCCGUCACCCGCAGCCUGCGCAGCACCCUCCGCCAUCUGCGCUCGCGGGGCGGCUUUCGGUCGCGUUUCCGCGGCUUCAGCAUGGCCCUUCUGUGCAUGGCCGCCCCGGGCUUCAUCACGGCCUUUUUCCCCUUCGCCGUCGCCCGCAGCUUCCUCGGCCAGUUCGCCAUCAACAUGGUCGUCGCCGUCCUGACCGCCAACCUGCAGAUGGCCUGGGUGCACAUCGUCAUCUCGGAGCCGUCCUCCAAGCGCUUCUACCAGCGUAUUCCCAGCUUCAAGGACUGGAACCGCAUCGCCCCCGUCGCGGUCUUCGAGUACGCCGUCACCCUGGGCGCCUUUUAUCUGCCCAUGAUGGUCACCUGCGGCUUCAGCGGUCUCGACGACCCGGCUAACUUCGAUAUCCGCACCUCGGGGGCCUACGCCCGCGCCUUCGCGUCCUUCUCCGGCCCGGCUCUCCUCUCGUUCCUGGUGUCUAUCCCCGCCCGUGCGAUCUUCAUCCGUGUGGCGGCGUCUAUGCUCCCGGAGGACCACGAGGCCAUUGUGCCGUUCGAUCGCUCCUUUGGCGGCAAGGUCGUGCCCGCUAUCCUCGGGGGGAGCGGCAAGCUGGGCAUCGCGGAUGCCUGGCGUACGUUUGACCGCGCCGCCCGCAUCCGCUACGUCAAGGCUAUCGCCAAGGGCUUCGCCAUCAUGUUUGCCUUUGCGUUUGUCUAUGUGGCGGCGUUGUGCGCCGUGCUGGUUGGCGGAGGCGUCAAGUUUGGCGAUAAGGCUUAGCUGUUAGUGGAGCUUAGCUGUUAGUGGAUGCAAUAUCUUCUCUGACAGGGAAGAUCAGAGAAGAUAUUGCAUCCUCUAUAUGCAGUGUAUUGGAAUGCUGCUCGAUUAGUUGCAUCACAGAUUGGAUAUUGGACUUGAAUUGGGGGAUGUGUGGACAUUGACCAUAAUAGUUAUAGCUUGCAUGCAGGAUACAAUUACCCACAGAU